AUGGUCAAUUUAGCAGGCUCUAAUAUCAACCAAAGCUUAAACACCCUCGAGAAUUUCGUCGGUAAGUUUGUUUUAUGGCGCAGACUCUUCCAGAAGCACCUGGAUUACGACAACGACAGCGUAUCAGUGUACCUUGUAAAAAACAAUCCGGAUUUAGUGAUAACAUCGCUGUUCCAAAGGUUCAACGGCGAAAGGAAGACCAAUUACGAUAACGUCAACAAGUUAUCAACAGUCGUCGAAAACGAUUGCUUCAACGCGUAUGUUAUCGGCAGAAACGUUAAAUCGCUUACUAACUUGAAUCCCAAAUUAAAGCACACUCCGGUUCAUUACAACGACAUGGCGACUGUUUACAACGAAUAUGUGAAGAAAUUGAACGACUUUGUGAACGAAUCUACCAAUUCGAUAGUUUACACCUCCAAGAGCAACGUUAAGCACACUGUGUCGAUAGACAAAUUAAUUGAACAAUUGAACGUACUGAUCCAAGCCGACGAGUGCAAUGCCUACGGCAGGGAAAUAUUAACGCGGUACAAAACCGAUUUGACGAAAUUCCUACCCAGAGGCUUUUACGACAAUUCAAGUGUCUUGCCAAUUACCGUUUUAGAUGAUUAUGAUGCUGAUGAUGACUCUUCGACUAAUAUCAGCUCUUUGCAAACCGUCUCGACGUACACACGUUCUUCAGUUUCGACGUAUUCUUCCUCUUCAGAAGCUUCCGUUGAGGAGAAGGGUGUCAGCCAAUUUCCGCGAGAAUGUGAUAAGAGCGUCAAAAUCCAGAAUGGAAAUUUGGAUCUGGAUUCUGUUGAAGAUAAUAUGAUGUAUAGUUACAGUUUCUGCAAUACUGAUAACUUUAGACGGUUUCAAUUCGUGGGGAUUAAUGUGCGACUUGCGGGAGGAAGGGAGACUGAUGAUAGCAGAGAACCUUUAAUUAUUGAGGAGUUGAAUGAAGAUGAUGAUGGUAGUUUGGAAGAUAAGGUGUUGGAUAAUGAAGAAGGGAAUUUGGAAGGUUUGAAAAAGGAGGGGAUUAAUGAUGAUGAUAUGGAAGGUAUUAGUGAUGAUAAGGUUGAUAAGAUUGAAGGUGAAGAGAAAGGUAAUGAAGGGAAUCAAGAGGUUUGUUUGGAUGAUGAUGAUGAUGAUGAUGAUGAUGAAAUACCUAGAAAACGCAGGAAAAUUGAAGAUAUAAAGAAAAACUUUCAUAAUACAAUGAAUUCCAGUAAAAAAGUUGGAAAUUUAGCUACCGACGUAAGCGUAGACGAAAGUAUAGAAGCGCUGAUAACAUUCAUGUGCGAUGUACUAAACGACACUGAGGAGUAUCGUAAAAUAUUGGAAAAUGAAUAUAAUGAUUGUAAGACGGAACUGCAGAAAAAUACAUCAAGUGUUUCUCAUGAUGACUAUACGAGGAUUGAAAAAUUGUGCGAUAAGUUUCAAACGCAAUUGAACAGGUUUUCAAAGGCUUUUACUCAAGAUUAUUUGGACAUACUGACAGUGGGGUUGGAAUUGUACAAUUUGAGAGUAGAACACGGAUCAGCUAUGAAAGAAUACGAUAGAUUUGAUGUAGAAGAUAAGAAGUUUGUUAAAAAAGCGACGAAUUUGGCGCGAAAGAUCAAGAGGAUUAUCAAGAAACACGACAAGCUUGCUGUGGUUUAUAACACUCAGAUUGAUAAGUUGGAUACUUUUCAUAAGCAUUUGGAAAAACAGUUGAUUAUUUACACGACGAAUUAUGACCGUAAGUUUGUAAUCCCGGUGAAAGAUUAUAUCGCAGAGUUUAGAAGUGUUAAAAGUGAUAAAACUACUAAAAAGAAAGGCCAAAUCAUUUCUGAUCAUUUGAACGACAUGUUGAAGAGGAUGAGUGGAAAUGGGGAUGGAUCACCGUUAAUUAGGAUUUCUAAAUUGGAAGAUGUUAACUUUGAUCGUAACGCUGCGGAUGAACGUAAGCGGAAAGGUGAAGAUUCUGAAUCAGAUGAAGCGAAAAAAAGAAAUGCGGCAGAAAGUGAUAAGCCUUCGUCGAAUAAAACUAGAAUUCCGAGAGAAACUGCUGGAAAUCAAUAUAAUGUGCAACAAAACGUCCAAAAAUCAUCAAGGCCUUCUCAAAUUGGAAGUCUGCUAAAGAGUGGCAGUCGUCGUGAUAACCUACCAAAUUUGCAACGAUUAUCACCAAAUGCUUCUCAAGAGAACAUGGAACAUUCAGACGGUUUAGAAUUGGGUUUAGCAAGCUUAGCCUCAAAAUUGCAUCCUAAUGAUAGAUCUAGUUCAGAGACACUUACGAAAGAAAGAUACAGAGAAAACAGAUCGAGAAAUCUUGAGGGUAUUCGAGAAAAUAAGCGCGAAGAACGAAAGAAGAUUUCAAAAGAUAAUUUACAAAACUUAGUCAUGUCACGUCGAGGGGUUCCCCAAAACCUUGGUGAAGAAUCAGAUAGUGAUGCAGUUAAUGAUAACCAAAAUGAAAACUCCAGUUCAUUGGAUAAUUCUCAGCCUGACAAUAAGAAUAUACCACCAAUAAGUAGACUCGAGUCAGAUGUUGCUGCUUCUGAUUCAGCAAAUAGUAAUUCGUAUUCAGAGGGUAGUUUAGAAUCAGGACCACCAAGUUUAGCGUCAGAAUUUGAAAGUAUUGGAGAAACAGGAAUGAUCAACUCGCCGCAUAUUAUGGACUAUCCAGAAAUUGACGACGAAGAAAUAGAUGAUAGUGAUGAAGCGUCAAAAAUUGAUAGCCCAGUUGAACACCUGAGAAAGGAAGAAUUAAUUACUGAUUUGGACCCUACUGAUGAAUCUAGUCCAAAGAGUUCUACGAAAAAUAGAUACAAAGGUAAUAGAUCGAAGACUCUUGAGAAUAUUCGAGAAAAUAUUCGAGAAAAACGAAAGAAGAAUUCAAAAGAUAAAUCACAAGACUUAGUCGUAAAACUUCGAGGGGUUAAAGAAGAAUCAGGUGAAGAUUCAGAUAGUGAUGCAGAUAAUGAUAACCAAAAUGAAAACUCCAGUUCUUCGGAAAAUUCUGAGCCUGACAAUAAGAAGAUACCAUCAAUAAGUAGACUCGAGUCAGACGUUGCUGCUUCUGAUUCAGAAAGUAGUGAUUCUGAUUCAGAGGAUAGUUCAGAAUCAGAUUCAGCAAGCUCAGCGUCAGAAUCUGAAGAAAUAGGUGAAACAGAAGUGAUCAACUCGCAGCAGAUCAUGGACUAUCCAGAAACUGAUGAAGAAGAAAAAGAUGAUAGUAAUGACGCGCCAAAAAUUGAUAGUCCAGUCGAACCCCUGAGCAGUAAAAAAUUAACUACUCAUAUGGACCCUAAUGAUGGAUCUUCGCAAAAUAGAUACAAAGGUAAUAGAUACAAAGGUAAUAGAUUGAAGACUCUUGAGAAUAUUCGAGAAAAACGAAAGAAGAAUUCAAAAGAUAAAUCACAAGACUUAGUCGUAAAACUUCGAGGGGUUAAAGAAGAAUCAGGUGAAGAUUCAGAUAGUGAUGCAGUUAAUGAUAACCAAAAUGAAAACUCCAGCUCUUCGGAAAAUUCUGAGCCUGACAAUAAGAAGAUAGCAUCAGAAAAAAGACUUGAGUCAGACGUUACUGCUUCUGAGUUACAAAGAUUGCAAUCUGAAGAUACAGGAAGCAGUCAUUCUGAUUCAACUAAUGAUUCAGGAAAACUUGCUCAAAAGAGGCAUUUGGAGGAAAACGAAGAUCCAUAUCAUGAUGUGCUGGAAUAUUCCGCACCAAUUUCUAAAAAAAUGUUGGUCUCAAAAAGAAAACUCAAGUCAGACGUUACUGCUUCCGAUUCAGAGGGAUCGCAAUCUGAAGAUAAAGGAAGCAGUCAUUCUGAUUCAACUAAUGAUUCAGUAAGACCUCUUCUAAAGAGACAUCGGGAGAAAAACGAUGAUCCAUAUCAUGAUGUGCUGGAAUAUUCCGCACCAAUUUCUAAAAGAAAGAUGGUCUCAAUAAAAAAACUUAAGUCAGACGUUACUGCUUCUGAUUCAGAAAAUAGUGAUUCUGAUUCUGAUUCUGAUUCUGAUUCUGAUUCUGAUUCUGAUUCUGAUUCUGAUUCUGAUUCUGAUUCUGAUUUAUAA